CGUGGGGCGGAGGCGGCAGCGGGAGGGGGCGCGCGCGCAGGCUGAGGCAGCCCAGGCCUGGGGCCGCGCGCCCAGCCUGAGCCCGCCCCGCCGCCGAGCGUCACGGAACCUGCUUGAAAUGCAGCCGAGGAGCCGGGGCGGGCUGCAGCGGCGGCGGCGGCGGCGGCGGGGGCAGCGGCAGCCCCGGCGCCGCGGCAAGGACUCGGAGGGCUGACGCGCGGCGGCGGCACGGGGUGCGCGGGGCGCGGCGGCCGGAGCCCGGGGCCCGCCAUGGGCCGCCCCGAACGGGGCGCGCUCCGGCCGCUGGCGCUGCUGCUGCUGCUGCUGCAGCUUCAGCAUCUCGAGGCGGCGGCGGAUCCACUGCGCGGCGGCCAAGGUGCGUGCGGCCGGUCCCCGGCCCGGCUUUGCGCCGCGGGAGCGGCCAACAAAGCACGGCCCGGAGGCCGGGGGGCGGGUUGCGCCGGGGCCCCCGAGCCCGGGCCUGGCAGGGAGGCGCCCGGGUGGGAUAUGCUCCUCGGGACCCAGCUCUCCCUUAAUUUGCCCAAGACCCCCGCCCCCGGGGCUCCCUGUGUGGUGGGCUCUGCCCUCCGGCACCUGCUCUUGGGGGAUGGGCGCCGUGGGGGCCGGGCAGGCCGGGAACUUUGCUGGGGGUGAUCACUGAUGCUUUCGGGAGGGCUGUGUGAUUCUCGCCGUUGGCGUUAAUUUGACACACGCGCUCCGCGGCGGCGAUGAGCGGAGCCCGGAGACUACCCCGCCUGACAAUGCGUUUCCGGCGACCCCUGCGUGUGGCAGAGAAAGAGGGGCUGCGUGCGAGGCGGAUGUGCCCGCAGCGCCCAGUGCGCGUGUCGCGGCGUGUUCAGGGGCUCCCUGUGGGCUGUGUCUGCGUGGAUCUCUCACUGAGGGCCGUGUGUGCGGGGUCAGUCAAGGAGUGCGAAGAGGACCAGUUCCGGUGCCGGAACGAGCGCUGCAUUCCCUCUGUGUGGAGAUGCGACGAGGACGACGACUGCUCGGACAACAGCGACGAGGAUGACUGCCCUAAGAAGACCUGUGCGGACAGCGACUUCACCUGUGACGACGGCCACUGCAUCCGAGAGCGGUGGAAGUGCGAUGGCGAGGAGGAGUGUCCCGACGGCUCCGACGAGUCCGAGGCCACUUGCACCAAGCAGGUGUGUCCCGCAGAGAAGCUGAGCUGUGGACCCACCAGCCACAAGUGUGUGCCCGCUUCGUGGCGCUGUGAUGGGGAGAAGGACUGCGAGAGUGGAGUGGACGAGGCCGGCUGUGCCACCUUGUGCGCCCCGCACGAGUUCCAGUGCAGCAACCGCUCUUGCCUGGCCGCCGUGUUCGUGUGCGACGGCGACGACGACUGUGGCGACGGCAGCGACGAGCGUGGCUGCGCCGACCCGGCCUGCGGGCCCCGCGAGUUCCGCUGCGGCGGCGGCGGCGGCGGCGACGGCGGCGCCUGCAUCCCCGAGCGCUGGGUCUGUGACCGCCAGUUCGACUGCGAGGACCGCUCGGACGAGGCGGCCGAGCUCUGCGGCCGCGCGGGCCCCAGGGCCACGUCCGCGCCCGCCACCUGCGCCGCUGCCGCCCAGUUCGCCUGCCGCAGCGGCGAGUGCGUGCACCUGGGCUGGCGCUGCGACGGCGACCGCGACUGCAAGGACAAGUCGGACGAGGCCGACUGCCCGCUGGGCACCUGCCGUGGAGACGAGUUCCAGUGUGGGGAUGGGACUUGUGUCCCUGCCGUCAAGCGCUGCAACCAGGAACAGGACUGUCCAGACAGGAGUGAUGAAGCUGGCUGCCUGCAGGAGUCAACAUGUGAGGGUCCCCGCAGAUUUCAGUGUAAGAGUGGCGAGUGCGUGGACGGCGGGAAAGUGUGUGAUGCUCAGAGGGACUGCCGGGACUGGUCAGAUGAGCCUCUGAAAGAGUGUGUUCUGCCAACAUCCCAGAGAAACAGGAGGCGGCCCAGGGGUAAAGAGGAGCAUUCCCUAAGCAUGGCUCAGGCUGGAGGGCUGAACGAGUGUCUGCACAACAAUGGCGGCUGUUCCCACAUCUGCACCGACCUCAAGAUCGGCUUUGAGUGCACGUGCCCAUCGGGCUACCGGCUCCUGGACCAGAAGACCUGUGGUGACAUUGACGAGUGUGAGGACCCAGACGCCUGCAGCCAGAUCUGUGUCAAUUACAAGGGCUACUUUAAGUGCGAGUGCCACCCUGGCUACGAGAUGGACACCCUGACCAAGAACUGCAAGGCCGUCGCUGGCAGAAGCCCGUCCCUAAUCUUCACCAACCGGCACGAAGUGCGGAGGAUAGACCUGGUGAAGCGGGACUACUCACGUCUCAUCCCCAUGCUCAAGAACGUCGUGGCGCUGGACGUCGAAGUUGCCACCAAUCGCAUCUACUGGUGUGACCUCUCCUACCGCAAGAUCUACAGCGCCUACAUGGACAAAGCCAGCGACCCGACAGAGCAGGAGGUCCUCAUUGAUGAGCAGCUGCACUCUCCAGAGGGCCUGGCAGUGGACUGGGUCCACAAGCACAUCUACUGGACCGACUCGGGCAACAAGACCAUCUCAGUGGCCACAGUUGAUGGCGGACGCCGCUGCACUCUCUUCAGCCGUGACCUCAGUGAACCCCGGGCCAUUGCCGUUGACCCCCUGCGAGGGUUCGUGUAUUGGUCUGACUGGGGGUACAAGGCUAAGAUCGAGAAGUCUGGGCUCAACGGUAUGCACCGGCAGACACUGGUGUCAGACGGUAUUGAGUGGCCCAACGGAAUCACCCUGGAUUUGCUGAACCAGCGCUUGUACUGGGUAGACUCCAAGCUGCACCAGCUGUCCAGCAUUGACUUCAGCGGAGGCAACAGGAAGAUGCUGAUUUCCUCCCCUGACUUCCUGAGCCACCCUUUCGGGAUAGCUGUGUUUGAGGACAAGGUGUUCUGGACAGACCUGGAGAAUGAGGCCAUUUUCAGUGCAAAUCGGCUCAAUGGCCUGGAAAUCUCCAUCCUAGCUGAGAACCUCAAUAACCCACAUGACAUUGUCAUCUUCCAUGAGCUGAAGCAGCCAAGAGCUGCAGAUGCCUGCGAGCUGAGUGCCCAGCCCAAUGGAGGCUGUGAGUACCUGUGCCUUCCUGCUCCUCAGAUCUCCAGCCACUCCCCCAAGUACACCUGUGCCUGUCCUGACACAAUGCGACUGGGCCCUGACAUGAAGAGGUGCUACCGAGCACCUCAGUCUACCUCAACUACGACGUUAGCCUCCACCACAACGAGGACAGUAGCCGACACCACCAGAGCCCCUGGGACCACCGUCCGCAGCCCUGCCUACCAGAACCACAGCACAGAGACACCAAGCCUGGCAGCAGCGGUCCCAAGCUCAGUUAGUGUUCCCAGGGCUCCCAGCAUCAGCCCGUCUACCCCACGCCCUGCAACCAGCAACCACUCCCAGCACUGUUGCCAUGAGAGACAGAGGCAUCCGUGUAAACAGAAAUGCUCACGCACACAGCCUCUGCUGACUCUGAUAGUGUGUCUUUGUCACACGUUACUGACGUGGAUGAGGGAGCAUCCCUCAGAUUUGGAAGCUUCAAGUGCCCUGGUCUCAGUUCUCAGCACUCUCGAUGGGAAUGAAAGUGGCAAGAUGGGCUCAACAGUCACUGCUGCUGUCAUUGGGAUCAUUGUGCCUAUGGUGGUUAUAGCCCUGCUGUGCAUGAGUGGCUACCUGAUCUGGAGAAACUGGAAGCGGAAGAACACCAAAAGCAUGAAUUUCGACAACCCUGUAUACAGGAAAACGACAGAAGAAGAGGAUGAGGAUGAGCUCCACAUAGGGAGGGCUGCUCAGAUUGGCCAUGUCUAUCCAGCAGCGAUCAGCAGCUUUGAUCACCCACUGUGGGCAGAGCCCUGUCUUGGGGAGACCAGAGAAAUGGAAGACCCAGCCCCUGCCCUCAAGGAGCUUUUUGUCUUGCCGGGGGAACCAAGGUCACAGCUGCACCAACUCCCGAAGAACCCUCUUUCCGAGCUGCCUGUCGUCAAGUGCAAGCGAGUGGCAUUAAGCCUUGAAGAUGAUGGACUGCCCUGAGGAUGGGACCACUCCCUUCGUGCCUCAUGGAAUUCAGUCCCAUGCACUACACCCUGGAUGGUGUAUGCCUGGAUGGAAGGGUUUCUGUACAUGAGUCUGUGUGUCUGUGUGUGUGUGUGCGUGUGUAAUUUUUUUUAAUUUAUAUUGCGGAAAGGUAACCACAAAGUUAUGAUGAACUGCAAACAUCCAAAGGAUGUGAGAGUUUUUAUACGUAUAAUGUUUUAUACACUUUUUAACUGGUUGCACUACCCAUGAGGAAUUCAUGGAAUAGCUACUGCUGAGUGACUAACAUGAUGUACAUAACCAAAUGGGGCCGAUGGUACAGUAGCUUACUCACCAUUUAAAAAUUAUAUUUACAGAGGGUAUUUGGUUUUGGGGGGCUUUUUUAGGUUUCAGAGUUUUGUUUUUUUGUAAAUAGAAUGAUUAUGCUUUGUGGCUAUCCAUCAUCAUAAGUAAAAAAAAGAAAACACUUCAAAUCCCUCUCCCAUUUAGAUUAUUUAUUAACAUAUCUCAAAAGUAAGAUUAGUUCUAUAAGUAAUUUAGAGAGGUGAGAGUAUUUAUUUUUGGUAUGAUUGGCCUACCACCCGGACUCUGUGUGCAUUUAUGUUUAUGUGUGUAUGUGAGUGAGAAAGAAAAAUCUGUAGAGAAGAGGCACACCUAUGGCUGUUGUUCAGAUACGUAAUGAUAAAUAUAUUUUAAAACAGUCCACAAGAAGGGUUAUCUGUAGUUUUCAGAGAAGCCUUUGGAAAUUUGGACCAGAAAAGAGAUACCAUGGUUUGUGCAAACAUGCAGUGGGGAGAGGUAGAUCUUUUCUGCCUCUGGCUGUUCCUGGGAUUCCAAUCAGUCAGGAAAAGCCCCUCAGCUCACCCGUGGCUACUGUGGUUCUUACCUGGGCUUUCUCUUCUGUGGCUAAAGCCAGUGUACAGACUUCACACAGUACCCAAAGUUGCCGCGAGCGCAGGUGAGAACAUGCCUGAACCUCGGCUACUCCUUGUUUUAAAGUUCAGCAUUUCAAGUAACUUCAUUUUCCUUUAGGACACUUGGGUUGAAUUCACUGUUUCCUCUGAAGCACACUGAGGGUGCCAUCCUUACUUAUAGAGAGCUAAAUGGAGAAGUUUCUUGAACAGCCCAAGUUUACUGUUGGGACUGGCUCAGGCACUGACCUCUGAGUAUGCUAUGGGUUGAGGAUAAGGAUGGAGGAAUAGGUUUUGUUACAUCUCUACUUCUCCCUUCCCCUUACUCUCUACCAUUUCCUUUAGGUGGAGGAAACAAGUUAAAGUGAUACAUAGGUUUGUUGCCAUCGUGUGUUCACAUAGAUGAAACUAAUAUUUGGCUUAAAUUAGAAAAAGUGGCCAAACCUAAAGUCCUGUUUGAGGGGGAAACGGCGUACACAAUACGACAGUAUAUUGGAUAUAUAUGUUCACACAGGGAUUUGGUUUACUGCUUUGUAAAUAAAAGGAGAAACUCUGGGUAUAUGUAUAGAUUUUUUUUUCAUUGUGGACACUUACUUUGCUUUUCCUGGGCCUUGGGGGAGGCAGGGAGAAGUGCACUUUUCUUUUUGUGGGGUCUACCAUUGAAAAGAUAAUCCUACAGUCCCA